GGAGGUUGUUUCGAUUUAGGAAUUCAAUGACGUCCCCCAUGUAGGAUACAGCCAGGUAUGACUCCUUCCCUCUCUCGCCAAUCGUCAGAUGAAUCAUGUGACUUCAGUAAAAGUACCCGUUUGGUAGCAUAGCCUAGAGCAGACAGCAGCGGAGUCAGCUGUUUGGCCACAGUCCAGAAAACUUGCUCCAAAGAUUAUCAUCCGUAAAGAAACGACAAUGAAUACAAGCUGCGUAGUAUGAGCAACCCUAUAGGCGUCAUGAGGAAGAAAGUGACGGACGACAGAGAGCGGCGGAGUCUCAUCAGAGCGCCGUCUGAAUCGAGCACCAACAACCCUGGCGUCACCGUCACCUCUGCCGCCGGUGAACCGGAGCUGGCAACCGACCAGGAUGUCACACCGGUAUUCGUGUACGUCUUGGCGUUUUUUUCUGCCCUGGGUGGCUUCCUUUUUGGCUAUGACACCGGGGUGGUCUCUGGGGCUAUGCUUCUCCUGAAAAAAGAAAUGCAUUUGACCGCUCUAUGGCAGGAGUUGUUGGUCUCCAGUACCGUGGGUGCAGCGGCGCUCUCUGCCCUGGCUGGCGGGACUCUGAAUGGGCUCUUCGGGCGCAGGAUCUGCAUACUAAUGGCCAGCUUCAUUUUUACUGCUGGAGGAGUUGUGUUAGGUGCUGCUCCAAACAAGGAGGUUCUUCUUGUCGGAAGGAUUACAAUUGGUUUGGGAAUAGGGAUUGCCUCCAUGACGGUUCCUGUUUACCUUGCGGAGGUCUCCCCACCACACCUGAGGGGUCAGCUGGUCACCAUUUACACCCUCUUCAUCACAGCCGGACAGUUUAUUGCCAGUGUUGUGGACGGGGCCUUUACUUACCUGCACCACAAUGGCUGGAGGUACAUGUUGGGUCUGUCCAUUGUCCCUGCGGUGCUCCAGUUCUUUGGGUUCCUAUUCCUUCCAGAGAGUCCCCGCUGGCUCCUUCAGAAGGGCCUUACCCAGCAGGCCAGGCAGGUGCUCAGCAGGAUCCGCGGCGGUCAGAACAUUGAAAAGGAGUACAACAGAAUGAGGUCCAACAUCGAGGAUGAGGAGAAGGAUGCAGGAGGUGGCCUAGUACUGUGGCGUAUGCUGACUCGCCCUCCCACCCGCAGAGCCCUGACCAUAGGCUGCGGCCUGCAGAUGUUCCAACAGCUCUCUGGGAUCAACACUGUCAUGUACUACAGCGCCACCAUCCUACAGAUGGCGGGAGUGAGGGACGACAAGCAAGCCAUCUGGUUGGCUUCCGCCACCGCCGCCACCAACUUCCUGUUCACCCUGGUGGGGGUGUGGCUUGUGGAAAGAGUCGGACGCAGGAAGCUUACGCUGGGGAGCUUAAUAGGUACUGCUUUGAGUCUGACGGUCUUGGCUAUAGGGUUCUUGUUAUCAGCCCAGCACUCCCCUGCAGUCACUCUCCACCCCACUGACACCUCUCUCAACUCCACCUCCUGCACACUAUAUGGGUCCUGUGAGCCCUGCAUGUUGGAUCCUGACUGUGGGUUCUGUUACCGUGAGAACGGUUCCACUGUAUACGACUCUUCCUGCAUACCUGUCAAGCAAACAUCGGCCGAUGAAGCUGCCUGGGGCAGGUGUUCCAAUCUGAGCCAGGUCAGUGAUGGGUCUCUCUGGGCCUAUAACUACUGCCCCACUUCCUACUCCUGGAUAGUGCUGCUUGGGCUCAUCCUCUACCUGGCUUUCUUUGCUCCAGGUAUGGGGCCCAUGCCGUGGACAGUGAACAGUGAGAUCUACCCUCUGUGGGCCAGGAGCACUGGGAACGCAUGUUCAGCCGGAGUCAACUGGAUCUGUAACGUCCUGGUGUCACUCACCUUCCUCCACGUCGCUGAGUACCUCACCUACUAUGGUGCGUUCUUCCUCUACUCAGGCCUGACUGUGCUGGGGCUGCUGUUUGUGCUGGGCUGUCUGCCAGAGACCCAGGGCCGCAGGCUGGAAGAGAUGGAGGCCCUGUUCUCCGGAAACCUCUGCUCCUGCAGUGCGUCUGACUGGGAUGGGGACGGAUCCAGAAACAUCCUGUACAACAGGGUAAAAGGGAGCGACAUCCUCUCAGACAAUGAUGCCUCGGACAUGGAGUAGACGUGGCGCGUCAAGGAAUCUCUCUCUCUCACACCUUCAUGUCCUUUGGUUGGUGGACUUACAGGCAGCGGUGUUAAACUCACUUGUUGACUGGGCCUUUAGCAUAUAGCAGCUCUCCUAACUGGCUGGUGGACGAGACUUCAACUCUCCUGACUGGCUGGUGGACGAGACUUCAACUCUCCUAACUGGCUGGUGGACGAGACUUCAACUCUCCUAACUGGCUGGUGGACGAGACUUCAACUCUCCUGACUGGCUGAUGGACGAAACUUCAACUCUCCUAACUGGCUGAUGGACAAAACUUCAACAUAGCAUUUGAUUUACUGUAGCUGUGGAUGUCUAUGGUGGAGUUGAAAUACUUCAUUUCGUGUAUUAGUAACUAAAAUUGAUGUUUUGUAAUUUUCUAGCCCCAUAGAGAGUUCAGCCAAGUGCACUAUGGAGUUAAAGCGUAGCAUAUAUAUAUCAGUGAGUAUAUCAAAGCAGUAAACACCACUGGAAUAUAAUAUUACUAUUAUAAUAGUAUAGUAGUGUAUUCAUUUCCAAUGCUUAUAAAGUCCCACAAAUGUGUAGUAAUAUUGCAUUUGUUUCUGUCCUUGGAUUUUGUUAUUUCUUUAGCUCCAGUAGUAGUAAAGUGGUACUAUCUGGAGAUGUGUGGCUUCUCAGUCAGGACCAAUGUUUUAAAAAAAUGUAUUGGCACACUAGCCUUAAUUUGUUUGAAUAUUUUGAUGACAUUACUAUAUUUGUUAAUCCUUUGCUACAGAUUGCACAUUGAUAAACCUAAUGAAAUUAACCUUUCCUUUCA